AGCAAUUCUGGCUCAAGCCCAUGGGGCUAGAUCAUGUUGGCCCAUUGUAUUGGUCUGGGCGUGACCGAUGUAUUUGCCAAUCCGGGUCACCGUCUGAGGAGCAUGACUCAGACGAUUUCCAUCUCGCGGAAAAAGACACUGAAGCACUGCGUGAUGUGGCGCCGGCUGAAACGGCGCAGGGGCUUCUCGACAAGCCCGUGAGGCGUUUUCUCGCGGUGGUGCCCGUUGCCCUGUGUCUGGUGCUGUUUGUGCCCAUCAUGCAGGAGGGGGGGAACCAGCACUCGAAGCUGACUCCAACGGGGGAGUACAAUCGAUCAUUCAAUGCUAUUCGUAGUAUCACGUUGAAUUCCUUACAAUCGGCACCGGUAGCCGUUGGAAGCAAGCUGGCUCAGCCUGAUAGCGCGCACCUAUGCUCCGCAGUCAUAGGUGCAGGGGCUGUCGCAGAAUUUGAAAUGUUUCUCGGCUCUUUGCAGAAGCAGCGCUUACUCUUUGAAAUGCUUCUCGACUCAGAUUAUGCUUUUCAUUGUGUUACGGAGUCGGGCUCCCAGGCUUUGUUAGCCGAUGUGUUAGAAAGAAAUGGUUUUCAUGCAUACGAGCUUUACAUAUUAGACGAGGUUGCCAUACUGAAGGAACUUGAUAUUAUGAAAGUUAAACUGUCGCAUGGCUACGGGGUCGCUGCAGUCUCGAAGUCUUUUGCAUAUGAUAUCUUUGCCACUGUGAACAGAUGCGUUCUCAUCGACACAGAUGUCUUUGCAGCACGGUCGCUGGUAGAUCUGUAUCUGCAAAUUGGCCGUUUCGACUCUAAAGAAUUGGUUGGGGCAACUUGGCGGCCGUUCUUGAAUUUUGGAGACAGAAUUAAUACUGGCGUUGUGUUGCAGGACUUCCAAAAAAUGCGUGAACGUGGAUGGGCAGAGGCAAUGGGGAACGUUUUUGAUUCGCUCCGGAUUGGUGGGUCGCAAUUCGACAAUGGAUACAUGGUUUUAAGAUGGGCAGACCAAGACCUCAUGCAUGCUGCUCUCAUGAUGCUUAGCAACGAGACAGACUCUAAUGCAAGACCGCAGGGUCUUCACCCGAUUGAUUAUGGGUGGAACAUGGAAAUGUGCCGCGCAUUUUACGACGGGUGCAAUCACUCUCUCGUUGGCAUCCUUCAUUUCAAUUGUGGACGUCGCAUUGGAGCCAGCAUCACUGCAGAGACUUGGUGGGCAACAGACGUAUACAAGAGUCAUCGGCCCAUGCUUGAGCAGUGUGUGCAGGGUUUGCCUUGAGGUUGUCAGAGACUGAGCUGCUGUACAGCACGUUCCAGGCCGAGCGUAUACGGUUACCAGUUUGAAACAUAUCCCUAUCCCUAUGUUUGACAUCACCUCCCCUCGGUGCCGAUCUUAAGGAUUCACUCAGUUUCUGAGGGCCGACUUGGCUCCAACAACAGUUUCCUUGGAAACUCGCAGGAGGAAUAAUAUGUAUGUAAACCCGUCGGCAAGAUGAAAAGUCGCGCGCGCGUGCUCAGCGUUCGCACGCACGCGAUCCCAAGACGUCCCAUGGCCACAACAUGCUUCCAGGAAUGCCUCCGGCCACGGACGAUAACGUCCAGAGGACCCAGGAUGAUGCCACCCCAACGCGAUCCCGCCAUGGAUUCUGG